UAUUUGUUCUUGUUCGAUCUUGGCCACUGCUGGACUCAUCUUACCAAUAAUUCCCGUUUUCUCCGAUCCCCUUACCCAUUAUCCAAUUUUUCACACACACACACACAAUUAUAUAUGUGUAUAUAUAUAUAUAUACACAUUUAGUGAUCAUAUACAAUAUACCCACUUCUUAAAGUAGGUAAUUCGAUUGUUAUUCACCACAUGUGGAGGGUUGUUUGAUCCUCAGUCAGUGUUUUUCUUCCUUGUCUUCUACUAAUCAUUUCACACCUCUUCUUUAGGAAAGUUCUGAUUUUUCCAUCAAUCUAGUCUCCUUUUAAAGGCAUCAUUAAGACCUUGUUGUUGCAAUAGAGCUUUUGAAUCCAUUUAAUUCACUUGCAUCAACAGUUCUGAGUUCUCUAUCAAAGAAAAAAAUUGAAUCUUUAUAUGGGUUUUUGAGGAAUUUGUAUUGAAUUCACUUGUAUCAACAUUUCUGAGUUCUCUAUCAAAGGAAAAAAAAUGAAUCUGUAUAUGGGUUUUUGAGGAAUUUGUAAAAAAAAAAAAAUUGAAUCUUUUAUGUGGGUUUUUCAGGAAUGUGUCUCUCUGUUUUUCAUGAAUGUGUAUGUUCUCUGUAUAUGAGUUUUCUCUCAAAGAAAAAAAAAAAUGAAUCUUUUUUUGGGUUUUUCAUGAAUGUGUAUGUUCUUUGUUUUACAGACACAAUUCAACUAAUACUCUUUAUUUAAUAUUGGAAUCUCUACCCAACUUCUUAGCCAUCCAGCUCAUACAAUUAGGAAUGUGCUUUUAAUCUUCCUCAAUUUUUUUUAUGUCAUAUAUGUUUGAUUUCACAACCUUUUCUUCUUUACAUAAACAGUAGUUUUCUUUUGUUGGAUUCAUAAUGGGUUGUGUAGCUUCGAAGCAACAUCUAUGCCGGAAUUGGAAGUCUCCGGUGCCACGAUGCUACUCGAUGAACGUCCACCACCCGCCGGUGAGAGAAGGGGACAGCUACCAUGUUGUGGCACUAACCUCCACCACAUUGGGUUCUCUAGAGCUUGAUUCAGUGAACCCAACUCGUCAUUUCAACGAAUUUGAACCGCUAAUUCAGAAUCACGAUGAUAGCGAUGAUCAAUGCAACAACAACAAGAAAUGUAAUGAGUUUUCAAUUGAUUCCAUCAACAAAGCCAAGAUUGUUCCGGAAAUCAGAACACCUCCGAGUGAGCCGGAGACAAUCAACACUUGGGAAUUGAUGGAAGGACUCGAAGACACUAGCUCUUUUCGUUUGCUGCACGAAAAUGGUGAUAUCGAUACAUCCAAUUACGAUUCAAUCACGAACCCAAGUUCGAAAGCGUCAUCUAUAAUCUGUGAGUUUGAUCCAGAUGUCAUUUCCACAUUCAGAAAAGCAUUCGAUGAGUUCCGGCCGGCGAGUCCGGUUAAGCAGGCUUUGGUCGGCAAAGAUGAGUCAUUGUGUGGUUUGGAGUUGGAUGGGAAGAAUGUCAGAGCCAAUAAAUGUCCGACACGUGGGAAGAAUAAGAAGAAGGUUGUGUUGUACUUCACAAGCCUAAGAGGAGUGAGGAGGACUUACGAGGAUUGUUGUCAUGUUAGAGUGAUUUUAAAGGGGUUGGGUGUCAGAGUUGAUGAGAGAGAUGUGUCGAUGCAUUCUGGAUUCAAGGAGGAGUUAAAAGGGCUAUUGGGAAAAGGGUUUAAUCACAGCGGCUUGCCGAGGCUGUUCGUCGGCGAGGAGUACGUUGGUGGGGCGGAGGAGGUCCGGCGGAUGAACGAGGAGGGGGAGCUCGAGAAGGUGUUAGAAGGUUGUGAAAUGGUGGACAAUGGCGGCGGUGGUGGUGGUGGUGGUGGUGGUGGUGGAGUUUGUAAGGUGUGUGGGGAUAUAAGGUUUGUGCCUUGUGAGACUUGUUGUGGGAGUUGUAAGGUGUACCAUGAAGGUGAUUUUGAUGAAGAAUUUGAUGAAAGUGAGUGUGGGUUUCAAAGAUGUCCUGAUUGCAAUGAGAAUGGGAUCAUACGUUGUCCAAUUUGUUGUGAUUAAUUUGAGAAAGAAAAAAAAAAUAUUCCUCAUUUUCUUCAUUUUCUUAUUGUUUUUCUUUUGUGCUAGUUCUCUACUGUAUAGUGAGAGUUCAGACAUGACUGCCAACAGGGUGUUCAUGGUAUUUGUUGUUCAUGGAUCAUAGCACAAGCAAAUGUUCCUUAGGUUGGACCAAAUAGAGGUCCUAGACUCAUCAAGGGUUCUUUAAAUCAGUGGUAUUUAUUCCCUUAUAUUAACCAAAUUAUAAUAAGAAGUAUUUCCCUAUGCAACUUUUGGAGC